CGACGAGGAUGCUUUUUAUAGCGACAACAACAGCGUUGAUUGCCAUCGAUGUUUGAUUUACGCACACAGGCGCGCGUGCCACGUGACAGCCACUUAUCGGAGCAGUGUCGGCUGUCAGGUCUAGUCUCUGCUCGCGAGUCGUAGUAACGCGAGGACGACGGAUGCGACAACGUAGACGCGGAAAUGGAGCCGGGCACGCUGGCGAGGGUGCUGCACGACUUCCUUACCACCGUCGACGGCGAGCUGAGUCUCUCCAAAGGGAAUUAUUUCCUGAUACAUGAGAUCAUAGACAAGCACUGGUGCUUCGGUCAGUCUCAAGAUAGAGUCGGCAAAUUCCCCCUGAGCCAUUUACACAAAACUGAGGUCCCUCAGCUUGGCGAUACAGAAAGGUUGUUUGUUGCUGUAGCUGACUUUGUUGGGCAGGAAAGAGACGACUUAUGUUUUGCACAAGGAGAGCUCGUAAUCGGAACAAGGGACAUAGGUUCAGGAUGGUGCGUUGGCAGGACAGCUUCCAGGAAUGGCAUUUUUCCAAUGACGCACACAUGGGAGCUCGAUACGACACUGAUAAAAAAAACAAUGAAGAAGUCGAUAAAGAGAAGAGCCAGGGUGAAAACGACGUUAAAGGCGCAGCUCGACGAGGAGUUGGACCUCACCGCCGGUGAGACAGUCAUUGUCACGGAGAUUCUUGAUGACGGCUGGUGUCGCGGGAUCAAAGAGGACGGCAGGGAAGGUACAUUUCCGGAAACAUUCGUAUCUUACACGGAUGCGGGUGAGGAUACGACCGAUCAGGCACAAGUGGCACAGCUGAUGGGGGACUCGAGCACCGUGGCGAACAACUUUGCACCUUCCUCGAGACCCUACAGUAACGUAGCUUACGAAGCUUCCAAUGAAACCGCUCGCGCGAACUCUUACGUGAACGUGCCCGACGAGCCUGCUCCAAGUUACUUCGACCUGUUCCCGGAGGCCUCGGCGUCGACCGGCGACACGCAGCGCACCGCUCACGCGAAUUCCGUCGACGUCAAACCGUAUGCCAUAACGUUGUACCCGUUCAACGCGCAGUUCCCGAACGAGUUGAGUUUCGGAGCGGGAGAGGUGGUUCAUCUCGUCAGGCACAUCGAUUCCGAGUGGAUAGAAGGCACGAUCGACGCUGCGAAAGGCAUCUUCCCAUCGUCUUACGUCAACAUCAUAGUCGAUUGCGUGGAAGCCGGGCAAGAUCAAGCGCAUUCCGAGCUGAACGUUCCCGCGAAGAAGGAUGCGGAUGCGCUGGACGCGGGCGCUAUCGUGAACGUGCGGUUUACUUUCGACGCGCAGAUGGACGGCGACCUAAGUGUCCAGGAAGGCGAGAUUCUUACCGUUGUCGAGAUGGCCAAUGAGGAUUGGGUAAACGUGAAGAAUAAGAGCGGCCGGAUCGGCUUGUGUCCGCGAGAGUACUUGAGCGUAACGUCCGUACAGCCGUCGGACAAUCUGCAGGAAUCGAACUUGGAAGACUUCGAGGAUUUUGUGCUGAUUAGGCACAAGGAGACGGGCGCGACCACGAACGAAGAGCAGAAGCCGAAGCGGAUGUCGCAGCCUCACAGGCCGGCGCCGCCGGCUCCGGCUCCGGGCAGGACGCCGUUGCAGAAGGAAGUUGUCGCGAACGGAGAAGUACCUGUCCAAGUGGAGGGUCGGGAUAAUGAAUCUGCAAUCAGCAGCGCGGCCGAUACGCGACAAAAACGUGCGGACCAACGGCAAAAUGUGAUAUCCGAGUUAGUCAUAACGGAGAAGGAGUACGUGCGCGACCUGAAAUUAACAUACGAGACGUUCAAUCUACACGAUCCGAGCUUCCUCGAGUCAAAGGGCAUCGACGUCGUCACGUUGUUCGGGAAUAUCUUUGACGUUAUUCAAGUCGCCGAGGAAUUACUGGACAUAAUUUUGAGAGCCAUGAAGGGUUGCGACGAGAGCUCGCAAACGAUUGGGCCCUGCUUCGUGGAAAUGGCUGAGAAACUGAAAAGUGUUUACGUCAAGUACUGCGGAAAUCAUGAGGCAGCGUUAGCUUUGCUGAAAAAGUACGAAAAUGAUGAAAGUAUCAUGAAAGAAUUUAACAAGGGAAUCGAAAGGCUACGCCGUCAAGUUGCCUGCUUCGACAUGAGCUCCAUUCUGAUAAAGCCAGUUCAAAGAAUCCUAAAGUAUCCGCUUAUGUUGUACGAAUUAAUAAAAUGCACGGAAGAUGAUCACCCGGAUAAAGCAGCUAUAGAAGAGGCAUGGCAGGCGAUGACGAACGUGGCCAGUUACAUCAACGAGUACAAACGCAGGAGAGAUAUCGUGUCGAAAUAUUUAGAGAAUGAUAACACCCUAAUCAGCAAGAUGUCGAAAUUUAACAUGCAUUCCGUGGCCAAAAUGUCCAUGAGGCUGAGCACGAGACUGUCGGCGAGUCUCGGGCUGACGAAUGUCGCGAGCGAUACCGAGUUCGAGGAGCUCGAGAAGCAGUUCCGUGCCAUGGAGAAGUGCACGUGGCAGUUGGCGAAGGAUGUCGAACAAUGUAUCGCGCAUUUGAGCGACGAGGCGAUAUCCGGUGAAGUAAUAUCCGAAUUCCUCGUCAACUAUUAUCAGGGUAACCCAACUGCCGAGGUGAAAAAAUUGGGAAACAUAAGGUCCGUAAUUUGGUCGCAGUACAUGCAGGACUUUAAGUCGUGCGUCGAUAAGAGAAUCAGCGCGCCGUUGCAUUUUCUUGCGACGCUGCUGGAAGGCCCAGCGGUAUUGGUAGCGAAGAGGCACGAUAAAUUGCUGGAUUAUGACGCCGCCAUUUCUAAGAGUGAGAAAUACAAAGACUCAAGAAUUGUGCAGGAAGAGUUAUUUACCGCCAAGAGUAAUUACGAAGCCCUGAAUCAGCAGUUGUUGGAGGAGCUGCCUAUACUGCUGGACGCGACGACGAAUAUCUUAGUUAAAUGCAUCACUUCGUUCGCGAGCGCGAGAAAAUUGCUGAACGGAAAAAUCACCAAGCAAUAUCUAACGCUGUGCGAGGCAUCGCCGCAUCUAUCGUCGCAGGACGUGCUCGAGUCAUUUCUCGUGAAUCAUAAUCUAGUCUGGAAUCAACUAACGCGUUUCGCGUUUGUUGGCACGAAUCCUCGAACGGAGGAAAGCCAGUCGCAGCCGUGCACACAGACCGGAGAACAGAAAUCUUCGCUGAGGAGAAAGUACACGGAGGAUAAAUUGUACGUGGUGAUCGAGGACGUUGCCAGCACCUCCGCACUGGACGUGACCGCUGCGAGGGAUACGCUGAUCGCGGUCAUAAAGAAACAGGACCCGAUGGGAGACACGACCAGGUGGUACGUCGACACUGGAGCCACUCAAGGAUUUUUGCCGUCGCAAAAAUUGAGGCCGGCGCAGCGACAGAAUCAGCACCACGAUCAACCAGCGUCGGAGUCUGCCUCCGUCGCCGGCGGAAAGAGCUCCAGCCCUCCGAAUUUGAUGUCGCUGGAUUCUCCUGAGAGGGAGGUCAAGCGGGAGGGGUCACAUCUGAAUGACUUGCUCUCGUUAGACGCGAAUCAGGCGCCGAGAGUGAGCCAUUACGGCAACGUCUCGGAGAUGCCGAGAGUUCAGGUGUACCAAAACAUACACAGCGAAUUUUACUAUGCGAUGUACGAUUUUGCUGGAAACAUGCCCGGGACAUUAGCCAUUAAUAACGGCCAGGCCCUGAGGCUGCUUAAACCUCAUGACGAGAAAGGAAACGACGAAUGGUGGCUCGUGGAAAAUCGUGACGGUAAGCAAGGCUACGUUCCGCGGGAUUAUCUGAAUUUGCCUGCUAAAUCAAAAUAAUGAUGAUGGAAUCCAAUCGAGUUAAGGCAUAAAUUUAUAUUUAUAUGCAACUUUACCGUAAGAUCGUAAAUCAUAUUCGAUUUUAUUUACAAUUAUCCUGUAAGAGAGGGUAUGGCAGCUUUACAUUAUUAAGAAAACUUAUUGAGCUCAUUAUUUAGCUAAAAUGUUACAAGAAGCUUUAGCUCAUUCUGAAGUUUAAAGAUCUAAAAAAAGAGAUUAAAUCCGAUCAGAAAGUAUUUGAAUAUAACUUCCUUAAAAUCUGUUGUUAGUAUUUAAUUUACACUUGAUAUUUAUAUAAUUAUUCUUCAAGAUUUUUAUAUACGUACAUCGGUGUCGAGUUGUUAUAUACUUGUAUAAUUGUACAUAGCGUUUUAUCGAGAAUAACAUAUUUUUGCUGUGAUGAUCGUAUCUCCAAUUGUACAGAAUUAAGACUUGAUAUUAUAGUAUGGCAACUAUGUUCUUGCUUAACAAAUGGCUGCUAGAAUGCCUUUUUGUUAGAAGAAAUAAUAUAUACUACAAGCCUAUCAGAUAUACGUUUAUGAUCAAAUUUUUCUAUUUUAUUACAUUACAUUACUUUCAUACCCUUUUUACACAAUUAUACUGAUAUUUGUAUAGAUCUUUUAGUUGUAAUGUUUAAUGUAUAUACUGUUAGAUUUUUCAAAAAUCAUGUACGUCGCUUCGCUUUACGAAGAUAAAUAUUUGUAAUAAAGAUAUUAAUAAAUUCAUCGCGCGAA